UUUGAUAAUCGAUCGGUUAGAGUCGAUUCGCCUCGCGUCUCGACGCGUACACGCCGUGUCUCGAGGAACAUCGCGGAACCAGAACCAGUAUGGCCGGAGGACCUCAGCUGUUUUCACGUCACUGCCUACGUAUCUGAGAAACGAGGAGAAAAGUCAAUCGUCAGCACCGCCGCCGUUCGUGACCCGACGCUGAAUUAAAAAACAGAAGGAAAAUGUCGUCGGUAAAGGUGGCGGUGAGGGUACGACCCUUCAACAAUCGAGAGAUAUCCCGCGAGGCACAAUGCAUCAUCGAAAUGACCGGCAGCACCACUUCGAUAUUGAACCCCAAAGCACCACCGGGCAGUAAAGAUGCGAUCAAGAGCUUCAACUACGAUUAUUCCUAUUUUUCCAUGAACCCAAACGACGGAAAUUAUUCUUCGCAACUAAUGGUCUACAAGGAUAUCGGCGAAGAGAUGCUGGAACAUGCUUUCGAAGGCUACAAUGUAUGCAUAUUCGCGUACGGUCAGACCGGUGCCGGCAAAUCGUACACCAUGAUGGGGAAACAAGAAGAAGGUCAAGAGGGAAUAAUACCUCAAAUUUGCAAGGACCUCUUUAGAAAAAUCAGUCGCAAUUCAAACGAGUGCCUGAAGUAUUCGGUGGAAGUCAGUUUCAUGGAGAUAUACUGCGAAAGGGUACGAGAUCUUUUAAACCCCAAGAACAAAGGAAACCUUCGUGUACGAGAGCAUCCUCUGCUUGGACCGUACGUCGAGGACCUGUCGAAAUUAGCUGUGAUGUCCUAUGAAGAUAUCCAUGAUCUUAUUGAUGAAGGCAAUAAAGCAAGAACUGUGGCAGCCACAAAUAUGAACGAGACGUCUAGCAGAUCUCACGCUGUGUUCACGAUAUUCUUUACGCAACAAAAGCAAGACUCAGCGACUGGAUUAGUGACAGAGAAAGUCAGCAAAAUCUCGCUGGUCGAUUUAGCAGGUUCUGAAAGGGCUGACUCUACCGGUGCAAAGGGCACCAGGUUAAAGGAAGGUGCUAAUAUCAACAAAAGCUUGACAACUCUUGGAAAGGUCAUCAGUGCUUUGGCUGAAAUUGCGGCGACUAAAAAGAAGAAGAAGGCUGAUUUCAUCCCCUAUAGGGACUCAGUUCUGACGUGGCUGCUACGCGAGAAUCUAGGAGGAAACUCUAAAACAGCGAUGAUUGCAGCAGUGAGUCCAGCAGACAUCAAUUACGACGAAACCCUCUCAACCUUACGAUACGCAGACAGAGCGAAGCAAAUAGUAUGCAAGGCUGUUGUGAACGAGGACGCGAACGCGAAGCUUAUCAGAGAGCUCAAAGAAGAGAUUCAGAAGCUACGGGAGUUACUCAAGCAAGAGGGUAUUGACGUGCAAGAAGGGCCAGAUGGCAAAGUCACAUAUGAAAAGAAAGAAUCUAGAGACGAAAUCAUUAGAGCGAACAAGCGUGAGGACGAUGUCAAGGAAUCUCGGCCGAGAAUCCCGUCUCAUCCCACAUCGACUAUUGCUGAGGAAGCAGUGGAUCAGUUGCAAGCUUCCGAGAAGCUGAUAGCUGAACUGAACGAAACAUGGGAAGAUAAGUUGAAACGAACAGAGUUGAUUCGUUUGCAACGCGAGGCAGUGUUUGCAGAAAUGGGAGUCGCAGUGAAAGAAGAUGGAGUCACCGUUGGCGUGUUCUCGCCUAAAAAGACUCCUCACUUGGUGAACCUAAAUGAAGAUCCCUUAAUGUCUGAAUGUUUGAUCUAUUACAUCAAGGACGGAUUCACGCGCAUCGGUAGCGCAGAAGCUAACAUCCCACAGGACGUACAGCUGUGUGGUCCACAUAUACUGAGCGAGCACUGCGUUUUCGAGAACCACGAGGGUAUCAUUACUUUGAUACCAAAGAAGGGCGCUUUAAUUUAUGUGAAUGGUCGUGAGGUCACUGAACCGAUCGUUCUAAAGACUGGAUCUCGCGUGAUAUUAGGGAAGAAUCAUGUGUUCAGAUUCAAUCACCCUGAUCAAGUACGCGAACGAAGAGAGAAAGGAUCUCCAGCGGAAACACCUGGAAAUGGAGAAACAGUCGACUGGGACUUUGCACAGGUUGAGUUAUUGGAGAAACAGGGAAUCGAUCUGAAGGCUGAGAUGGAAAAGAGAUUGUUGGUUCUGGAGGAACAAUUCCGUAAGGAGAAGGAAGAGGCGGAUCAGUUAUUCGAGGAACAGAGGAAGAGUUACGAGGCUCGAAUAGACGCACUGCAAAGACAAGUUGAAGAACAAAGUAUGACGAUGUCUAUGUACAGCAGUUACACGCCUGAAGACUUCAACAAUAUCGAAGAAGAUAUCUUCGUCAACCCCUUGUUUGACGCAGAGAGCAACUGGACCGAGAGAGAGUUCCAGCUUGCCGCUUGGGCCUUCCGCAAGUGGAAAUAUCAUCAAUUCACAAGUCUUCGGGAUGAUCUCUGGGGCAACGCUAUAUUCCUCAAAGAAGCUAACGCUAUUUCUGUCGAACUCAAAAAGAAGGUGCAAUUCCAGUUUACUUUGCUCACGGAUACGCUUUACUCGCCACUUCCUCCAGACCUGUUACCUGCAGUGGACGACGAAGAGGAAGAGGAACGACCAUUCCCGCGUACGAUAGUCGCCGUAGAGGUGCAAGAUACGAAAAAUGGCGCGACGCAUUAUUGGACACUCGAUAAACUCAGACAGCGCUUGGAGUUGAUGCGACACGUGUACAACGAGGACUCGAGCCCCAGCACUCCGGAGGCCAAAGAGGAUAUUUUCCAAUGUCUAACCGCCUACUCUAAUCCGAAGUUCUCGCUCGCAAAUCUUUUGCCUUCGAGACAAAGACUCGAACUGAUGCGAGAGAUGUACCACAACGAGGCAGAGCUCUCCCCGACGUCUCCUGACUUUAACAUCGAAUCAAUCACUGGCGGUGAUCCAUUCUACGAUCGUUUUCCAUGGUUCCGAAUGGUUGGCAGGUCCUUUGUAUACUUAAGCAACCUUAUGUAUCCCGUACCAUUGAUCCACAAAGUAGCGAUAGUCAACGAAAAGGGAGACGUGAAAGGCUACUUGCGUGUGGCCGUGCAAGCCGUUGUUGAAGAGGAAAAUAGCGAAUACUCAAGUGGCGUCAGACAGUCGGCUAGAAUUUCCUUCGAGGACGACCUAUUCGGUAACCAGAAGCAGAACAAACGCAACACCCUACUGACGCAGACCCUCGAGAAGAAUCGACAGAUUCUUAUGCAUGAGGAACGGGUUGUGGAGGGUCACAAUGAUCAGAAGGACGUAAAAGAUGAAGACGACAUCUGCGAUGCAGACAGUGGAAGAGGCGAUAGCUCAGUUUCCAGUGACAUGAAAGAAGAGGAUCUGCUAGAUCACCUGCAAAUCGGCGCUGAAUUCACAUUCAGGGUAACCGUGCUGCAGGCAAUGGGAAUUUCUACCGAAUACGCCGAUAUUUUCUGCCAAUUCAAUUUCUUGCACCGACACGAUGAGGCAUUUUCAACGGAACCAGUGAAAAAUACGGGAAAAGGAAAUUCUCCUGGAUUCUAUCACGUGCAAAAUAUCACAGUUACAGUGACAAAAUCGUUCUUGGAAUAUCUGAAAACUCAACCGAUCGUCUUCGAAGUUAUCGGACAUUAUCAACAACAUCCUUUGCAUAAAGAUGCCAAACUGGAAUACGUCAGACAACCACCAAAGAGAAUGCUUCCGCCAUCUAUACCGAUCAGCCAACCCGUACGCUCGCCGAAAUUCGGAAGCGUUUUACCAUCUCCCAGUUCGUCACACGUACAUGCCAAAUAUGAUGUGUUAGUCUGGUUCGAGAUCUGCGAGCUAGCACCAAACGGAGAAUAUGUGCCAUCUGUAGUCGACCAUAGCGACGACCUACCGUGUCGUGGAUUAUUCUUGCUUCAUCAGGGCAUUCAGCGUCGUAUUCGAAUUACUAUUGUUCACGAACCAGCGUCUGAGUUACGAUGGAAGGACGUGAGAGAGUUGGUUGUUGGACGCAUUAGAAAUACGCCAGAACCAGAAGAAGAGGACAACGAUUCGUCGGUACUCUCGUUAGGACUUUUCCCCGGUGAAUACCUGGAAAUACCCGGAGACGAUAGGUGCAUGUUCAGAUUUGAGGCAGCGUGGGACAGCUCCCUCCAUAAUUCAACCUUGCUCAACAGAGUAACAGCGUACGGAGAACAAAUCUUCAUGACCAUUUCCGCGUACCUUGAACUGGAAAAUUGUGGAAGACCAGCGAUCAUCACUAAAGACUUGAGCAUGAUCAUUUACGGUAGAGACGCCAGAGUAGGACCACGUUCUUUGAAACAUCUAUUCAGCGGAAGCUACCGCAAUCAGGAAGCCAACAGACUCAGCGGUGUUUACGAGCUGGUCCUGCGUCGUUCUUCGGAAGCAGGCGUUCAAAGGCGACAACGUCGCGUACUGGACACCAGUUCUACAUACGUCAGAGGUGAGGAGAAUCUUCACGGAUGGAGACCUCGAGGGGACAGCCUGAUAUUCGAUCACCAAUGGGAAUUGGAAAAAUUAACGAGAUUAGAGGAAGUGGAGAGAGUACGGCACACUUUAUUGUUACGAGAGAAGCUCGGCAUCGAUAAAGUCUCAUUCUGUAAUAAACUGUCGCACGAUUUCACAAAGAGCGAGAAGGAGGUAUGCAAUAUGAUGGCGAAAGCGACGAAUGAACCGCAUGCCAGCCCGGUUAAGUUGAAACGUUCAACGAGUAAAGACGUUUACGAGCCUUGGGAGAUGACCGAAAAAGAAAGAGAACUGGCCACAAAGUAUAUUAAAUUGAUCCAAGGUCGAAUCCUAAGCAAAGAACCCAUUCUAUUGUCAGACGUUUCACCUGGCGAAGACACUGAUAUGUUAGCAUCCAUGAUGUCUUCGGUGAUAUCGUCCUCGUCCCAAGAGUUGAGUUCACCGGAGAGGGCUAGAAUGCAAGAACUGCAGGAGACUAUAUUGGCAAGCGAAUCUGCUAAUCAAUCGUGUAACAUUUCACCACCUCAGUUGGGUUCAUCCUCACCAUCGAAGGAAAACUUGGUACUUUAUGUGCCGGAAGUCGAAGAAAUCCGCAUCAGUCCUGUUAUCGCCAGAAAAGGAUACCUGAAUGUUCUCGAACACAAAACUAAUGGUUGGAAGAAACGCUGGGUGGCUGUGCGACGACCGUACGUCUUGAUUUUUCGGGAAGAGAAGGAUCCAGUAGAGAGAGCUCUUAUCAAUUUAGCUACUGCUCAAGUUGAAUAUUCCGAAGAUCAAUUAGCUAUGGUAAAAGUACCAAAUACAUUCAGUGUCGUUACAAAACAUCGAGGGUACUUAUUGCAGACAUUAGGAGACAAGGAGGUUUAUGACUGGUUAUAUGCUAUUAAUCCUCUUCUUGCUGGUCAAAUCAGGUCGAAACUAGCGCGCAAAGGACCGACGGCUACGAAGCUGAAGAACGCUUCGUUCGUGGGUUUAGUUCCGCCGAUAAAUCAACAGUCGAACCAAAACAAGUGAGUGGUCGACACGUUGGCCGAGGUAACGAGCGUCAUUGCGAAAACCUCCGAGAAGAUAUUAUGCUGGUCGCACUCGGCCUUCGAGUCCCAUGAUCUCUGUAGCUUUCGAUUUUCGGUAGUCUUCGAUUAUUAAAUAUGACUCGAAAAAAGCGUGUACUUGUACAUCGAUUGGCUACCAGCUUCGAUAGCCGCCGAUUAAUAUCUCGCAACGUCUGAUUUAAUUAAUCGUCAGUUCUUUUACUCCUGACGACCGAAUAGAGAAAUGAGAAUGAAAAGGAUUCUAUGAAACGCAAACACGUGUGUUUGUCUUUAAAGAACAGAAAAGAAAACAGACAAGAAAAAAGGAAAAAAAAGAAAAGAUU